GUUUAGCCUACACCACCGAUUACCAGCGAAACGAAGCGGGAUUGGAGUGUGUGGUCGACUUGUUCAAAGCCAAGUGUAUCCGAACGGAGAGACCUGGACGAAUAUUCAUUGAAAUCAAACGGUGAUCUCAUAUUGGAUGGGAACCGUAUGAUAUGUAGGAUAGACCUAACGGUUGGUUCUGUCUGCAAACUGCAGCAAUGACCACCACAACCACCACUAUACCUGCGAAGGGUCGAGGACUUGGCAGGUGUGUUACCUGUGGAGCGCGUGGAGGGGCUAGCAAAUAUGCCGAUCAGUCACCCACACCUCUUUGCCUGUGUGUCUAGUUUAACCCCACAUGGAUGGAUGCUAUCCCGUUGGAACACAAAGACCUUCAGCAUGGUGAGCAUGCCUGCCUCUCCGAGCCCACACCUUGCCGGUGCCCUCGCCGCACCUUCGCCCUGCGCCCCAGGCUCCACCUGAAACCGUCAUUCGGUCAGCCUAUUCUAACCGGAGCACCAUGGUGAGACGAGCAACCACUCGGUAAUCUUCCAGAGGACCCCGAUUCAACUCUCAUUCUUCCCCAGUCUUUGUUGUAUACAUUUUGUUUGCCUGCGCUCUGGGUUUCCUUUGUAACACAGGGUUUACGCAGAGCCGAGUGGACAGGGCAGCAGAGCUCCAGGGGUUUGGCAGUUCUUUGUUGCCGAGAUGGCAGCGGGACCAGAGCGGCCGGUGGCAGAGGCGCAGCAGCAGGAGCGGGACCAACCGCCAAUUGAGAACGGCUUCGUGUCGCUGGAGCAGACACAGGCCCCCAGGCUGCUGCCGCACGUCGACGGCUCAGUUCUACCGUCUCUCGGGGGGUUUGGGAAACACCAAAAGCAGCUCGUGAUCCUGACGUGGAUACCGGCUUUAUUUAUCGGAUUUAGCCAGUUUUCGGAUUAUUUCCUUUUGGCCCAACCGAACGGCACGUGCGUACAGCCUCUGGUCAACGGGAGUAAUUGGACCAUGGGAUCUUUAACGUUACCGGUGACCGUAACGAAUGGUGGCAUUGGUACACUCGUGCCUUACCUCCCCCUAGACAAUGGCACAAGAGACGGUGUCGGUGACAGCGGUGGCAUGCAAUGCGCGUGUAAGGAGUGGAAGCUCGAACUGCAGACUGGACUCAGUCAGAACGUGGUAACCAAGUGGAACCUGGUGUGUGAUUCGGCCUGGAAGGUUCACAUCGCCAAGUUCUCUCUCUUAGUGGGAUCUAUCUUUGGCUACCUGGUGAUGGGCAUCCUGGCCGACUGGUUCGGUCGACACCCUGUCCUGAUAGUCUCGGUGCUUUUCAUGUUGGUGUUUGGUUUGAGUGUAGCGUUCUCCUUCAACGUGACCAUGUUCAGCACAUUACGUUUCUUUGAGGGCUUCUGUCUGGCUGGCCUCACUCUCUCCCUCUACAUACUGAGGAUUGAGUUGUGCCUGCCAGGCUGGCGUUUCUCCAUGACCAUGGUGGCCAGUUUCCUCAUGGUGGGCGGGCAGCUGGUGAUGCCCGGGGUGGCGGCUCUGUGUCGUGAUUGGCCCGCCCGGGAUGAUUGGCAGGUCCUGCAGAUUUUCAUAAUCUGCCCCUUCGUCCUCAUGCUGCCCUACAUCUGGAUCUUCCCUGAGUCCCUGCGUUGGCUCCUGGCCACCCAGCACUACCAUCGCUCUAAAGCCAUGAUGCUUUGCAUCGCCAGGAAGAACCAGGUCGACAUGACAACCGAGCCCAGUGGCGUUCUAACAGAGCUGGAGCAUGAGCUGCAUAAGAAGCCAAAGAGGACCUGCAUCGUCAAGAUGACCAGCACCAGAAACCUGUGGAAGAACAUCGUCGUGCUCUGUGUCAACUCGUUGACUGGGUACGGUAUCCACCACUGUUUUGCCCGCAGUAUGAUGGACCCGGAGGCUCCUGUGUCGGCCAUGUUUCACGCUGACUACUACACUAUGGCUGGCAUCGCCGUAGCGACGUGCCUGGCGCUGUGCCCGGCCGUGGCAUUCAUGGGUCGUCGGGGCGGACUGCUCACCUUCAUGAUCAUCACCGCCCUGGCAUCACUGUUGCAGCUGGGUCUGCUCAACUUGAUUGGCAAGUACAGCCUUCGCCAUGACACAGUUCUGAGGGACACGCUAAACAGGAAGUUCUCUGUGGCAUUCUCCAUCAUUGGAAUGUUCUCCUCUCAUGCCGUCAGCACCCUCAGCAUCUUCUUCUGCGCUGAGAUCACUCCCACCGUCAUCAGGGGUGGUGGUCUGGGCCUGGUCCUGGCCAGUGCUGGCUUCGGCAUGCUGACAGCCCCCAUCAUGGAGCUCCACAACCAGAAGGGCUACUUCCUGCAUCACAUGAUCUUCGCUGCCUGCACCCUGCUGUGCAUCAUCUGUCUCCUACUGCUGCCCGAGCCGCGCAACCAGCCUCUGCCAGAGAGCCUCGCGGACGGGGAGAGCUACACUCGCCAGCCCCUCCUCACCCACCGGCCUGGAGAGCAGCACCUCCUUCUCACCAAGCCUGGGGAUAGGGACUUAUACUCCCGGGUCCACGACACGCCGCGGCAUCUUACAGCCACCGGGGGCGCCACAACAGCAGCGGCUACUGCUCUUGCAGCAGUGCCGACAUUGUAUGUUACCAGAGGGGGGGUGAUCAGUAAUAUUAUGGUGUCAAAUGGGGUGGGAGGGUCGUCGUAGCAGCAGACACACACUCCUCUCUGACACACACAGACAGAGGAUAGGACGAGACUGUGCUGUAGGGAUGGCAGGGACUGUCCCAAAGAAACUGUCCCACUCCUGGUCACUGUCAUGACUGGCCUGGUCUGAUGUGAUCAUGCAGUCAGGAGAACAUGGAAUAAUUCCGCUUGUCAGAUUCUUCCAUGAGGAACUCUUUAAUUUUAAAACAUUCCCAUUCUGGUGGGUUUAAUGAAAAUAUUAUCCCUCUCAUUAGACUUAUGAUGCGAUCUCUCCACGUUGUGUUAGUUUGAAAGGGGAAAAUUGAGCUUCCCCAAUCAUGGACAUCCAAGAUUUGGACAAAAGAAAAAACGAAUUACUAUUCAGAUGCCCCAGGAGGGCAUCAAUGGUUGGAUUUAAAUGGGUCGAAAUGUAAUAUGGUGAUGGGUUAGCCUGUAGAGUAGUGAUUCUCUGUGUCCUGAAUGUCACCAUAUUCCCUAUAUAGUGUACUGCUUUUGACCAGGGCCUGCAUCGUGCACUACUCAUGACCAGAGGCCUAUCUAUAGGGAAUAGGGUACUAUUUUGGACACUCAAUAUGAUUUAGUAAGACUUUGAGGGCCUGCAAUAGAACAGGAUCUUGGAACAAAAUAUGGGAAAGUAUGUCUUUGCAAUUAACUGAAACUCAUUACAAUGACUUACAUGCAUUAGUGCCCAUAGGGUAGUUGUUGCCAAGGGUUGUCAGUGUGUAGAAUGAGCAGCAUGGUUCCAUGCUGAGGAGGGAUGUCAUGGUGUCUGUAAGUUAUCAGCAGAGUAGUGUACUCAAACCGCAUAGAGAUAAAUGUAUAGAGCAGCAGAACAGACACUGUAUUCUAUAUUUCAUUUGAAACGUCAUGGCUUUCAACAGUGAUGUGUGCUCUAUGCAUUUAAUUUCCCUCUACUUGGUUUUUUUUGCACUAAAAUUCAAAGUUAAAUCAAAUGUAAUAAAAUAUUUGUCAGCCAACUUGUUUUAGGUGAAACUGCUGCGCUCUAAAUUGAAUAAAAGGGUAGGCCUAUGUACUGUUGCCUACUUGAUGGGUUUAUUUAUGAAUUUCUGCCUCCCACCCCCAUCAAAAGUCCAAGUUGGCACUUUAUGCUUAGUAGGAGUGGAAUCACUAUGAUGACUUUAGAAAACAGAGUAUUGCUUCUCCCAUGUAAUGUUGGUGAAUGAUGGUUGUCAACACAAUGCUGUGAGUGACAGUCGGAAACCUAAAAGCUGUGAUGGAAAAGGAUUUGAACUUGACCUUUUCAUGGUGUUUUUAUUUCCGUAUUCUAUGGUGUUGAGUGGACAAUACUAGUUAGUUACUAGUAUGUGCAGAAUAUGUCCCAAAUAGCACCCUAUUUACUACAUAAGUGCACUACUUGGUCAAAAGUAGUGCACUACAUAGGGAAUAGGGUACAAUUUGAGAUUGAGCCUGUCUCCACUAUGAAACAUAUGUUUCUGAAUGGCUUUAUCAUGAUGGUUCUUUUGCUUAAAAAAUACAAUUAAAAUGGUACAGGCUACUUUGAAAGAAUCGUUCAGUAAUUCAGUAUUUAUUUUUGUCAUGUUGCCAAGGGCAUUCUUGUUGCUUGAAAUACCUUUAAUUUAGUUAAUUCUGACCUUUCCUGUCCCUGUUCUCAACACUGUGGUAAAUAAUGUUAGUAGUAUAUUGGUGUUUUUAGGACUUGUUUCAACCCGUCUCUUUAGCACGGUUAAAUAAUGGCUGGCCAUGCCACAAAGCACAAUGUCUAUCGGGGUUUUGAAAUGGUUAGUGUCUAGUUUAUUAGGUUAGUACAAUAGUGUGAUCUAGUUAGAACAGCUGUGACUUACAGGGUGUUUGUAUACAAACUCUACUCUAACAUACAAAUUAUUAAUACACACCUUACAUUGGCGACCUCAGGUGAUUUUAUUUGGCUCCCCAAGUUUUCUGAAAAGAUCGUAGAAACACCAGCAAAUCAGCUCCAACUGAUUUUAAUUUUAGAAGUCUGUUCCAAAGUAUUCCCACGCAUAAGAGAUAUGUGACUGUAUACAAAUGUAAACAAGGUUUGAAAUGAUUUGUUUUCGUCAAAUAUAUCUAUUUGGGCUUCUUUCAGUCAAUUUGCAGUCUACAAAUUAUUUUUAAGUAUGACCUGGCCCCCUGACCAUCCACUCAACCAAAAUAAAUCAGCCGCUGCUGAAUCUAGUUAAUGAUCCCUGAUGUAUGGACUAUCAUAUCUCAUGUACUAGGCACAUCAGUUAUUUUCAUAGGACAAUUUGUCACACAAUGUACAUAGAGGACCUUAAAGGCCAAGUAUACUCUAUACAUUUCUACCAUGAACCAUUGUUGAUGCAAAUGGCACAUAUUUUGACGGUGGACACCUUGUAUUGUUUAUUUGGUAGUUUGUAAAUGUUUAUCAAUGAAAUAUUGUGGUAAAAUAAAUGAAAUUCCAUGAGUGAUUGUCAACCACUAAUAUUUUCUAAAUGUUUUUUUUAUAUGAUGCACUUGUACAUAUUAAAACCAUAAAUGUUGUUUUGAUAAUAAACCACUUAAUGUAUUGUUUGUCAAUAAAUGAACACUACCGAGGUGA